UUCUUUUUUCUUCACUUUCAAGCCUGCCUUUUCCUGAACAGCGGGAAAGCAGUUCGAUGUGGGAUUAUGCAUGGGGUUUAGUGGAAAACGGGAACAAAAUUUGGUGCAAGAUAUGGAGUGUGAAAUUUAGAGUGACCUGUUUAUAGCCGUUUUAUAAAAGUGCUAGCGAUAUCGCGUAAUAUUUGAAUAAUUUCAUCAAAUUAGCAGGAACACAGGAGCGCAGUUUUACCUGCUUGAGUAAAGGGCCUGUGAGAAUUCACUAUGCGGAGUGAAAAACGUAGCUCUGAAAUAUUACGUUUUUGAAUGGGUCCACGCGACUCUGAUCUGAAGUUGCCUGGAUGGGAUGCACAGUGAGUUUCAUCUGUUGUGAAGACGACCUCCUACAGAUUUCUCCUGACCAACAUGACAAAAAGAAAGAGAACAAGAAACUGUUGAAAAAGCCUGAGGAGUUUGAGGGGAUCCAUUCACACACCUUUCGGGUGAAGACGUUCAAGAAGAGCAAGCACUGUGGCGUGUGCAAACAGACCGUCAGUCAGGAGGGGCUAAUUUGCAAAGUGUGCCGGCUGACUUGCCACAAGACAUGUGAAGUGAAGGCACCUGGUAAUGACAUCCCCCUGAAGCAUGUAGAGACCUUGGGCUCCACAAAGUCCUCCAAGAGUAUGGAGUCUCCACGCAUACCAUCAAGGAGUGUGAGUCUGCUUCAUGCCCUGGAAGUGAACUAUGAGUUGGACCUGGUCUACAUCACUGAGAGGAUCAUCUCAGUCUCCUUCUCCAGCUCUGCGGAUGAGAACAGCUACUCUGCAAACCUCCGCGAGGUGGCUUCCAUGCUGCGCUCCAAACACCAAGACAACUACCUGCUCUUCAACCUCAGCGAGAAACGCUGUGACAUGAACCAGCUCAACCCAAAAGUGUUGGACUUUGGCUGGCCGGACCACCACGCGCCUGCCCUGGAUAAGAUCUGCACUAUCUGUAAGGCUAUGGACAGUUGGCUGAGUGCAGACAGUCACAAUGUGGUAGUGAUACACAACAAGGGGAACCGAGGGCGAACAGGAGUGGUGGUGGCAGCAUACAUGCAUUACAGCAACAUAUCAGCCAGUGCCGACCAGGCCCUGGACAGGUUCGCCAUGAAGAGAUUCUAUGAAGACAAAGUACUUCCUGUGGGUCAGCCGUCUCAGAAGAGGUAUGUACAGUACUUUAGCGGCCUUCUUUCUGGGCAUAUUAAGAUCAACAACAAACCCCUGUUCCUUCAUCACGUCAUCAUGCACGGUAUCCCCAACUUUGAGUCCAAAGGAGGUUGUCGCCCUUUCCUUAAGAUCUAUCAGGCCAUGCAGCCAGUCUACACGUCUGGGAUCUAUAGUGUCCAGGGAGACAGCCAGACCAGUGUCUGCAUCACCAUUGAGCCAGGCCUGCUGCUGAAGGGGGACAUUCUGCUGAAGUGUUACCACAAGCGCUUCCGAAGCCCACAGCGGGAUGUGAUCUUCCGGGUGCAGUUCCAUACAUGCGCUGUGCACGACUUGGGAAUCGUCUUUGGGAAGGAUGAGCUCGACGAGACCUUCAAAGAUGACAGAUUCCCAGAUUUUGGAAAGGUGGAGUUUGUUUUUUCCUUUGGUCCAGAAAAAAUCAAUGGGAUGGACCACUUGGAGAAUGGGCCCACUGUCUCAGUGGACUACAAUACCCAAGAUGCUCUAAUCCGCUGGGACUCCUAUGAGAACCUCAACCAGCAUUGUGAGGAGACUAUGGAUGACGUCAUACACACCCAGGGCCCUCUGGACGGCAGCCCCUAUGCUAAAGUCCGCAAGAAGGAGUCCAUCGAGGAUGCGGUCACUGCCAACGACCUCCUGCGCACCGCCACCGAACAUGUCCUACCCACGGUUGACCACGCCCUGUCGGUGAGCAGCGACUCAGGCAACUCCACCGCCUCCAUCAAGACCGACCGCACUGAUGAGCCAGCCCCAGCAGCAGCAGCCCCACCAGUGAGCCAGCCGCCAGCGGCCCAGGAAGAGGCUCCAGUCUCGGGCACGGUUCUGGCCGUCCAACUCAUCAGUCCCCAGGAGAAGCAGGAGCUGGAGCAGCUGCUCAGUGGCCUGGAGGGCCCCAUGCAUUGCCAGGACUACAUGUCCUCUCCGUCGGGCGGACGGAUGGGGAUAGGACUAGGGGGAGGGGGGAAUACUACACCGGUGCCCGCCCAAGUUCAUGUGAAUGGCCACAACAGCAGCAUGGACAGAGAAACAGAUAUUCUGGAUGACGAGGUGGAACUGCCCACCAGCCAGGAAGGUAACAGCAUGGAUAGCUUGGGCACUAUGUCAUCCCUGGAAGGGAGAGCCACACCAGCAGACCUCUACUACCAGGCUGAGAUGGUUAUCAACGGGCAUGACAAGGUCCCCUAUCUAGAGAGGAGCAUCCCAGACAGGCCCAAGGAAAACAUUGUCAUCAAUGUCGCAAUAGGCUCACAUGAUGUGGCUGACCAGGUUCCCGUCACCUUAGUGCGAAGCCUCUGCUCAGCUCAGGAUGGGACAGGUGAGUCAGUUCCCCCCGGCAAGCGAUCACAUUAUCAGCCAGAAUGGAACCUUUAUUGCUCACAGUCAUUCGCUGCAGACCAGAAUCCCCUCCCUCGAGCGCCAGCACGCAACACCAGCAGUCGUAACGCCGUCCAACGUGGGCUCAACGUGUGGCAGCAAUAUGGCGUCCCAGAAGAGCCGGUGAUGGACGGGGUGUAUUUUGGCUCUCCUCCAUCCUCCAUGCCUCUACAGAGCCACCACAGCAUGCCCCACUUCCCCCAGCAGCAGACUGCCUCACAGCAGGAGAUUGAGCAGUCCAUUGAGGCCCUCAACCUGCUGAUGCUGGACCUGGACCCCGGCCGCCUGUUGGGGCAAGUGCCGAAGUCCCAGAGUGCCCCGGGAGAUAACAAGGAGGUGGUGACCACACAACCAUCCUUUUCCCAGUCCCUGGCCAGGCCCUCCUACCAGGCUGACUCAGCUAUCUCAGGAAGCCCUGCACCCAGUCUAGCUCAGGUCAUGCUGAGGUCCUCCCCUUUCCAGCCGUCCACGUCUCCAGAGCCCUCUGCCAUCCAGAGACCAACAGCCAUCUACCACCCUGGUCCCUCUGUAGCCCCCAUCCUUGGCUUCCCCACUGAACCUUCCAGCCAAGGGUCAGCCAGAACCAGCUCUCCCACCCAGGUCCCCAGUAGCGUGGGCCAGCUGCAGCUGAAACCCAGCAUCGUGUACCCGUCCCAGUCCUCGGAGCUCCGGGAGCCCCAACAGAGCCCCAGUGCCACGUUUUCAUCACCCAAUCCCAGAGAUGCAGAGCCUGAUGAAGCGUUCAACGUGAAGGGCCUAGUAGCCCAGCGUGUGUCAGAGUACUCGGUCCGAAUGCAACGCCGACUCAGGGCUCCUCAGUCUGAGCACCGUCACUCCCUCUCCCUCUCUGGUGUCCAGUCUUGUGGGACGUCAUUGGACGAGGCAUCGGCCCCGCCCCAUCACCGCACCACUAGUGAGAGACAAUGCAUCAACGGCCACGACGAAAGCUCUUCCUACCAACCCCCGGUCCGCUCCCCUAUUCGUUGCGUCUCCCCAGAGUUCGUCAACACCAUAGCGCUGAAUCCCGGGGGGCGUCCCAAGGAGAGACACAUCCACAGCUACAGAGAGGCUUUUGAGGAGUUGGAUGGAGGCCAAAUCAGCCCCACGCCCACUGUUGGUGGUGAGGUGUUCCCCCCUGCCUUCCCCGUCUCACCGCAAACCCCUUACUUCAACCUGUGCCAAGCUCGUUCCCCUCCAGGUCUGAUGAAGACCCCUCUCUCUGCCUUGGGCCUUAAACCCCACAACCCAGCUGAGAUCCACCUCAACCAGAGUGGAUCAGAGCCGUUGAGCUACGUGGAGUCAGUGGCCAGAUCCGCUGUGGCCGGCGGGGGACCAGCAGGACCCCCCGUGACCCUCACCCACCCAGGAUGGACCUUGGCUAGGCAGACGACCCCUGACCCCUCCCCGACCCUCAACCCCCUAUUGUCUAGCUGCAGCCCCAUGCACAGAUCAGAGGGAGAACACCCGUUGGCUGACAGCAGUGCGAUCAUCCCCUCGCAAGCGUCCAUUGACUCCAGCUUAAGCUCCUUUCCUUCCGAGGGCACGUAUCCCAUCGACUCCCCCACCCCUAUCCCCAUUGCCACUACCACCUCAUACCUCCAGGCCCUGGGCUCCCCAUCUCCCUUCCUUCAAGCCCUGGGAACCCCUACCUCCUCCUACCUGAGCUCCACCUACCCCACUCUGUCUUCCCUGUGUUCCCCCACCACCACACCCUCCUGGGACCUGGGUCACAGUGGUCUUAUGGGGAGCUAUGUCUCCCCGGACCCCAGCCCCCUCCCGCUCCAGCCAGAGGCAUCUGCCCGGGAAAGCCUUGUGGCCAUCCUCCCCUCGUUAAGAUCAAGAAGUCUCCACACACUGCAUCGUGACCCCAACACCUCAUCUAGCAUCCCCUCCCUCCAACAUCGGCAACAGCCCACCAAUCAGUGCAGCCCUGUCAUGGGCCACCAGCCCUCUCCGGCCAAUGGCUUUGUGGAGUUUGGGAUCACUGGGAGGGUAAUGACAGGAAGUCCUGUGUUGGGCCGCCAUCACUAUAACCCAUGUGCGUCCCAGGGGACACAGUCUAGCCCAGUGCUGAGCCAACAACCGUCCCUGAUGCAGGCCUCCCAGGACAGCCCCAUGCUCAGUUGCCAGCCCUCCCUCACCUACAGCCAACCCAUACAGUCCAGUAUCCAGAGUAGUCCGGUUCUGGGCCUACAUCCAUCCCUCACCUACAGCCAACCCAUCCAGUCCAGUAUCCAGAGUAGUCCGGUGCUGAGCCGACAUCCAUCCCUCACCUACAGCCAACCCAUCCAGUCCAGUAUCCAGAGUAGUCCGGUGCUGAGCCGACAUCCAUCCCUCACCUACAGCCAACCCAUCCAGUCCAGUAUCCAGAGUAGUCCGGUUCUGGGCCGACAUCCAUCCCUCACCUACAGCCAACCCAACCAGUCCAGUAUCCAGAGUAGUCCGGUGCUGAGCCGACAUCCAUCCCUCAUUCACCAGCAGGGCAAUGGUAGUAGUCCGGUGCUGGGCCGACACCCGUCCCUUGGCCAGAUGUCACAAUGCAGUCCAAGUCUGGACCGACACCCAAUGCUGCAUAGUAGCGGCUACACCACCCCGGACGAAAGGCAGGGCACCCUGUCCCGUCAGAGCUGCUCCUCUGGGUACAACCCGCCCUCCACACCCUCCUUCCCCGUCUCCCACGCGGGCUAUCUGGACGAGGGGAUGAUGAUGGGGGUACGGCAGGGCAGUCCGGCCCCACAGGCUCAGCCCCAGCUACCGGAGAAGAGGCGAAUGUCCAUUGGGGAGAGGCCCAACGGGGGGCUCUCGUACGGGACACUGAAUGGGAAAGUGUCCUCCCCCAUCAUGUCGAGUGGAGGCAGCACGCCCAGCACUAGCUACUUUCAUACACUGCCAGACUUCUCCAAGCUUAACAUGACUGACGGGAGUCCAGAGACCAGGCUGAAUGUAAAGUUUGUUCAGGAUACGUCCAAGUUCUGGUACAAGCCUGAUAUCUCCCGUGAACAAGCCAUCGGCCUGCUGAGAGAGAAGGAGCCAGGGGCCUUUGUCAUCCGGGACAGUCACUCCUUCCGAGGGGCCUAUGGCCUGGCCAUGAAGGUGGCCUCUCCUCCUCCUCCUACUGCUCAGCAGUCCAAGAAAGCUGGUGACAUCACUAACGAGUUGGUGAGGCACUUCCUGAUUGAGACGAGUCCUAAGGGAGUGAAACUGAAAGGAUGUCCCAACGAACCUUACUUUGGUUGUCUGUCAGCUCUUGUGUACCAGCACGCCAUGACUCCACAGGCCCUGCCCUGUAAACUGGUCGUCCCUACCAGAGAUCUCCACCAGGAUGUCCCAGAUAUCGCCACGCCAACCAACCAGGCUGACUACCUCCUGAAACAUGGAGCAGCAUGCAAUGUGCUGUACAUCAACUCGGUGGACAUGGAGUCUCUGACAGGACCUCAGGCCAUCGCCAAGGCGAUCUCGGAGACGAUGGCCGCCGCGUCCCCGCCCACCGCCACCGUUGUGCACUUCAAGGUGUCGCCCCAAGGCAUCACCCUGACGGAUAACCAGAGGAAGCGUUUCUUCCGGCGCCACUACCCUAUCAACACUGUCACGUUUUGUGAUGUCGACCCUCAGGAGAGAAAGUGGAAUAAACCUGAUGGGGACACAGCCAAGUUUUUUGGGUUUGUGGCUCGGAAGCAAGGAAGCACAACUGACAACGUCAGUCACCUCUUUGCCGAGAUGGACCCCGAUCAGCCCGCCAGCGCCAUCGUCAACUUUGUCUCCAAGGUGAUGAGCGGCUCGCAGAAACGAUGAGCUGACCUUUUGGCGACCCUUGGCUGUUGGUUUUUUGGGGUUGUUGUUCUUUUAACUACGGAGGGAAUAUAUUUCCUUUUUUUUGUUUGUAUUCUAAGUUUAAUCUUAGGUUUCACCUCUUUCCUUCUGAUCUCGUCUUUUACGUGUGUGUGUGUGUGUGUGUGUGUGUGUGUGUGUGUGUGUGUGUGUGUGUGUGUGUGUGUGUGUGUGUGUGUGUGUGUGUGUGUGUGUGUGUGUGUGUGUGUGUGUGUGUGUGUGUGUGUGUGUGUGUGUGUGUGUGUGUGUGUGUGUGUGUGUGUGUGUGUGUGUGUGUGUGUGUGUUUCUUCUUGGAAGGACUCCUUCGUGGCGUGAAGUAGGGGGGAUAGAGGAAGUGCAGUUUGUGGGGUGUGGCUGUGUAAGCUGUUGAAUGUUGGCUAUGGGAGGCCAUUGUGAUCUCUCUAGCAGGGCAGCACAAGAACAGGAAGAGGAAAUCAUGUCAGUGAUGAUGUCAGUGAGGUGUGAUGCAUGAAAAAGAGAAGAA